AUGCGCUCUUCUUGUGCGCCCUCGUCAGCGCCAACAGCCCGGACACACCGAAGACGAGGACAACGCGCGACGAUGGGUGGCGAAGACGAGGGACGGACGAAGCGAUGGAAGUGCGGAAAACGUGGCGUCGAAGAGAAGAAAGGGAAAAGGACCCAUGAAAUUUGGAAUGCGGAAUGUACCGGCAAGAUCACAUCGGACGUCAAGAGUUACAGCCUCCCUGUCACCGAGCCAGAGUCGCCGACGUUGGAUCUACCGAAUCGUUGGGUGUGCAGGAAGGAUAUUCAGGCAUCGCUUGCGUCGAGUCGAGCUCGCCUGUGUCAGGCCACGGAGCAAGUCUGUCCGCCUGUCGUGGGCGGGUUUCGGCAGCUCCGGAAGAGGCGGGGAGCAGAAUUGUGGUGGAGGCUGGAUGCUGAAAGUCUAGUCGACUAG